AUGAGUCACUUUCAUUUGGACCAUUGUGGCGCUCUUCCAUAUAUGACUGAAAUGGUUGGCUAUAACGGUCCCAUCUUAAUGACGCAUCCAACAAAAGCUAUAUGCCCUAUUUUGCUCGAUGAUUAUCGUAAAAUAAAUGUUGAACGCAGAGGAGAUCAAAACUUUUAUACACUUGACAUGAUUCAUCGUUGUGUCUCUAAAACUGGUUUUCCUGUAAAUAUCGAUUACAUGUUGGCUCUGACAAUUGGGUAG